GAGGCUCUCUGAAACUUCGGUCCUCUUCUUCUCUUUCAGGACAACAUUCUUGAAAAAUGGGUGCUGGAGGCCGAAUGUCCUCUCCUCCAUCCCUCAAGAAGUCAGAUUCUGACCACUUGAAGCGAGUUCCAUCCACAAAGCCCCCAUUCACCCUUGGUGAGCUCAAAAAAGCCAUUCCCCCACAUUGCUUCCAACGCUCUGUUAUCCGUUCAUUCUCUUAUGUCGUUUACGACAUUACCAUAGCUUCUAUCUUCUAUUACGUUGCAACCACUUACUUCCAAACUCUUCCUAGCCACUUCCAAUACCCAGCCUGGGCUCUAUACUGGGCCGCCCAAGGCUGCAUCCUUACUGGCUUAUGGGUCAUUGCCCACGAGUGUGGCCACCACGCCUUCAGCGAUUACCAGUGGCUCGAUGACACCGUUGGCCUUAUCCUCCACUCGUUCCUCAUGGUCCCCUACUUCUCUUGGAAGUACAGCCACCGCAGACACCAUUCCAACACCGGUUCUCUCGAGCGAGAUGAAGUCUUUGUCCCUAAACAGAAAUCCGCCAUCAAAUGGUACUCCAAAUACCUCAACAACCCACCCGGCCGAGUCUUCACCCUCAUCAUCCAACUCGUCCUAGGCUGGCCUCUCUAUUUGGCCUUCAACGUCUCCGGCCGACCCUACAACCGUUUCGCCUGCCACUACGACCCAUACGGUCCCAUCUACUCCGACCGAGAGCGCCUGCAGAUAUUCAUCUCGGACGCCGGGUUGCUGGCCGUCUCGUACGGGCUCUACCGCCUCGUGGUGGCCAAGGGCCUGGCGUGGGUGGUGUGUGUGUAUGGAGUGCCGCUCCUGGUGGUGAACGGGUUCCUGGUCCUAAUCACAUACUUGCAGCACACCCACCCGGCGCUGCCCCACUACGACUCCUCGGAGUGGGACUGGCUGAGAGGCGCGCUCGCAACAGUGGACAGAGACUACGGCAUCUUGAACAAGGUGUUCCACAACAUCACCGACACUCACGUGGCCCACCAUUUGGUGUCCACCAUGCCCCAUUACCACGCCAUGGAAGCAACGAAGGCGAUAAAGCCAAUCUUGGGGCAAUACUACCACUUCGAUGGCACCCCAAUCUUCAAGGCCAUGUAUAGGGAGGCGAAGGAGUGCGUUUACGUGGAGCCUGACGAAGGUGAGAAGAAUAAAGGCGUCUUCUGGUACAACAACAAGUUGGAAUAAAACGUGUGGAAGCAGAGGGAAAGGUGCUUUCGGCUUUUGGCCUUUUGGAGGGCUCUUUAGACCUUUACCUAUCCUGGUUUUAGUAUUGUUUCCUUCAACUUAAAACCUUUGGAUCUUAGUUUCUACUAUGGGUUAAACUUUACUUACAUAAUCCCAACCUCGCUUUAGAACAGUUGAAGUUGUUUCUUUUUGAUUGGUUUGCUUUGUAAACGUGGGUUCGGUUCUAGAUUACGAGAGACUUAUAAACUAUUAAGUGCAUGUGAUUAACUGUUUUUUCUUCU